AUGAUAUUUUCAUCAUGUUCCCUCUCCCUUAUUGCUGUUUUUCUCAUAAUUACCCCGAAGCUUCCCGCCAACGCUCAGGAAGCAAGCAAUCGCCUAGGGGCCGGCACGCAACAGACGUCGGCAGCCGCACUCGUCGACGGGAUGGGCGAUCAUCAAUAUGAAGAAUACCCAAAAGUCGUGCACAUCACUGUCCUAUCGAGUCGUAGACACGUUGCCAUAACUAUUGAUGGUCUUGAGAUCGUGAACGUAUCCAGCCAUAAAGCUGAAGACGAAACCAAAGGUUCAGGUUUAUAUUUCGUACUUCUCGACCAGUAUGAUGGCCAUGUGAUCAUGUCAAGGGUUUUUGAUCUCCAUAAUUUUGGAAACAAUCUUCAAGUUCCUCCAGUCCUUACGGCGCUCGCCAGCGGCAGGAUUAUGAUUUUUGCCAUGAAGACAGAAGCAUCUCUCAACAUGGGCAACAUUAUUCGGAAGUUACUCUUCUCCCUGGGCAGCACGAAGGUUCACAUGGUGCCCUUUCGGGACUACAUGGUGUGGGUUGCGACUGUCCGUGGGCGAACAUGGGCGGAGGCCAUCAUCGACGAUACACCCGGCGAGGACGGCUACUACGGCGCUCCCGUCAUGGUGGACGUGGCCAUCCCACUCAGCUCCCUCGGGCCGUGCUGGGACGUGCGCAAGGGGAGCGAGGCGGAGCGAUGGAGCUUCUGCAGGAGGUUCGGGGGAUAUGGAGGUUUAUGCGAGUGUGAUCGACCAGCCCCUCUGCACUACCCAACGCUAGAGCUGGCUGACAGUGCGAUCGACGAUGUCCCUCUUGGCAUUAUCGCCAGCACCAGACCGCAGGCUCUGUACAGAUGUCUCCUGGGCAGUGCUAAGACAACCAGGAGGUUCACUGGAUCGAAUUUUGUAGUCUGGAUGGAAACAACGAGGGAAACAAUAGCCUUGCUGGAUCUGCUACGGGUGCGAUUUCAUAACGCAUAA